AGUCCACCUGUGGUAAAUGCAAUUGAUGGGACAUGAUUUGGAAAGUCACACCUUUCUAUAUAAGGUCCCACAGUUGACAGUGCAUGUCAGAGCAAAAACCAAUCCACGAGGUCGAAGGAAUUGUCCAUAGAGAUCAGAGACAGGAUUGUGUCGAGGCACUGAUCUGGGGAAGGGUACAAAAACAUUUCUGCAGCAUUGAAGGUCCCCAAGGACACAGUGGCCUCUCAUUUUUAAAUGGAAGAAGUUUGGAACCACCAAGACUCUUCCUAGAGCUGGCCGCCUGGCCAAACUGAGCAAUCGGGGGAGAAGGACCUUCGUCGGGAAUUGACCAAGAACCCGAUGGUCACUCUGACAGAGCUCCAGAGUUCCUCUGUGGAGAUGGGAGAACCUUCCAGAAGGACAACCAUCUCUGCAGCACUCCAACAAUCAGGCCUUUAUGGUAGUGGCCAGACGGAAGCCACUCCUCAGUAAAAGGCACAUGACAGCCCGCUUGGAGUUUGCCAAAAGGCACCUAAAGCACUCUCAGACCAUGAGAAACAAGAUUCUCUGGUCUGAUGAAACCAAGAUUGAACUCUUUGGCCUGAAUGCCAUGUGUCCCAUCUUAGUGAAACCUGGCACCAUCCCUACGGUGAAGCAUGGUGGUGGCAGUAUCAUGCUCUGUGGAUGUAUUUCAGCAGCAGGGACUGGGAGACUAGUCAGGAUCAAGGGAAAGAUGAACGGAGCAAAGUACAGAGAGAUCCUUGAUGAAAACCUGCUCAGGAUCUCAGACUGGGACAACGGUUCACCUUCCAACAGGACAACGACCCUAAGCACACAGCCAAGACAAUGCAGGAGUGGCUUCGGGACAAGUCUCUGAAUGUCCUUGAGUGGCCCAGCCAGAGCCCGGACUUGAACUGGAUUUAAUAUCUCUGGAGAGACCUGAAAAUAGCUGUGCAGCAACGCUCCCCAUCCAACCUGACAGAGUUUGAGAGGAUUUGUAGAGAAGAAUGGGAGAAACGACUCGAGGCUGUAAUCGCUGCCAAAGGUGCUUCCAACAAAGUACUGAGUAAAGGGUCUGAAUACAUAUUGAAAUGUGAUAUUUCCGUUUUUUAUUUUUAAUACAUUUGCAAAAAAUUCUAAACCUGUUUUUGCUUUGACAUCGGGUACUGUGUGUAGAUUGAUGAGGGGGGAAACAUAUAUUUUAUCAAUUUUAGAAUAUGGCUGUAACGUAACAAAAUGUGGAAAAAGUCAAAGGGUCUGAAUACUUAACGAAUGCACUGAGACUCGCCUAUUAUUCGCAUAAGCUAUUCGCCUAUUUCAAACAUAAUAUAUAAUAGAGACGGACUACUCCUGCAUAUGAAAAAGUCACUUCCACAACUCGGUGAGAUUGUGACCUGUAGGCUAAGUACCAAGAAGGACAGGAGAACGGUCACGGUAAAUUGUGUCCCUCGUUGAACCUACUUGACAAGACUCCUACUGCGCACCGGAGUAUUCCUCUUCCGAAUGUCUACCGUGUCCACGUCUUAUCUUUACCACCUCAAGCAUCGAACACUUUACGAAUACCAUCUGCCAGGGGUGACUUGGCAAACAGGAAUAUGUUGGAAUAUGUCUCAGAGGGUCCAACAUGUUUGGUUACCUCCUCUGGUGGUGCAACUGACUGUAAGCCAAAGUCCCUCCCUAGAAGAGCCCUGGCUGAAGGAGAUAGCUGUCAAGCGGGAUGCCGUGCUGGGCAUGGUGAUGGGGGCCGUCAAUAACUUUAGGGAUGCUAUGCCAAAGAUGCAGAUCAAAGCCCCAGUGCGUCAGCAGGACAAUGCAGGGGACUUCUCCUGUUUGCCAGGGACCUACACGGCUGCUGAGCUGAGGCCAGCCCUGGAGCGUCCACCUCAGGACCCCAACAGCCCCGGGGCCUCUGGGAAGCCCUUUCACACAGAUAAACUGAGCCCUGCUGAACAGAAGGAGAAGGACCGGGGAGAGGAGAAACACUGCUUUAACCUCUACGCCAGCGACCGCAUUUCUCUCAGCCGUGACCUGGGUCCUGACACCAGACCACCGGAAUGUAUCGAGCAAACGUUCAAGCGCUGUCCCCCUUUGCUGACCACCAGCGUGAUCAUUGUGUUUCACAAUGAAGGCUGGACUACUCUGCUGAGGACGGUGUACAGCGUCCUCCACACCUCCCCUGCCAUCUUCCUCAAGGAGAUCAUCCUGGUGGACGAUGCCAGUGUGGACGACGCCUUGAAAGAGGAGUUGGAUGAAUAUUUGAAGCGGCUGCACAUUGUGCAUGUGGUCCGGCAGCGGGAGAGGAAGGGCCUGAUCACCGCUCGGCUACUGGGAGCCUCGGUGGCCACCGGAGACAUCCUCACCUUCCUCGACGCUCACUGUGAAUGCUUCAGUGGCUGGCUGGAGCCUCUGCUGGCCAGGAUAGCAGAGAACUACACUGCAGUAGUGAGUCCUGACAUCACUACCAUUGACCUCAACACUUUUGAGUUUAUGAAGCCCUCGCCGUACGGGCAGAAUCACAACCGUGGUAACUUCGACUGGGGCCUGUCCUUCGGCUGGGAGAGUCUACCGGACCACGAGAAACAACGGAGGAAGGAUGAGACCUAUCCUAUCAAGACACCAACUUUUGCUGGGGGACUCUUCUCUAUCUCCAAGGACUACUUCUAUCUCAUCGGAAGCUAUGAUGAACAAAUGGAAAUCUGGGGCGGAGAGAAUAUUGAAAUGUCUUUCAGAGUGUGGCAGUGUGGGGGUCAGCUAGAAAUAAUCCCUUGCUCCAUCGUGGGUCAUGUGUUCCGCACCAAGAGCCCCCACACCUUCCCCAAGGGCACCCAGGUGAUCGCACGCAACCAGGUGCGGCUGGCCGAGGUCUGGAUGGACGACUACAAGGAAAUCUUCUACCGACGCAACCAGCAAGCCGCCCAGCUGGCCAAAGACAGGGCCUUCGGAGAUGUCGGGCGUCGCGUGGACCUCCGGGAGCGGCUGCAGUGCAAGAGCUUCUCCUGGUAUUUGAAAAAUGUGUAUCCAGAGGUCUUCAUGCCCGAUCUCAACCCGCUCCACUUUGGCUCGGUGAAAAAUGUAGGUAAAGACUCGUGUCUGGAUGCAGGGGAGAACAACGAGGGAGGGAAACCGUUGAUCUUGUAUCCAUGCCACGGCCUCGGAGGAAACCAGUAUUUUGAGUACUCGACCCAUCAUGAGAUCCGGCACAACAUUCAGAAGGAGCUGUGUUUGCAUGGGACGGAUGGAGCCGUGAAGCUGGAAGACUGCCAGUAUAAAGGCCGCAACACGUUCGUGGGAGCAGAACAGAAGUGGGAGUUAAGGGAGAACCAGCUAUUCUACAUCCCAGGAUGGAACCUGUGUCUGAGUGCUCGUCAUGAGCACCCCUCCUUGGUGGCCUGUAAUCCCUCAGACAGAUACCAGCUGUGGCUCUACGUCUAACUACAGGACACACAUGGUCCUCGGCACUAGUGGACGAUGUGUGCCUUGGUAUCCUAGAACCAUUAGAACAAGUAGCAAUUGGCGUACAUUUUUUUACGUUUUAUUAUCGAAGUUGAAUUUUAAUUUAUUUUUAUACGUAGAAGAACUGCUGCUGGAAAGUUUGCGAUUUUUGAGAACGUGACCUCGGGAAGGAAACGUUAAAACUGAUACUGAAGACUGUUUUAUUUUACUCCUUCCUUUUUUUUAAAUCAUGAUUUGGGUAAAGGAAUUGUUUUUCUUGUCAUUCACGCCAACCGCUCUCUGUAGAUUGACGGAGGUAGCUGGGACUGUGGAAAGACUUUGGAUGGAUACUGAAUGAAGAGAGAUUUCUUUGAAGAAUACAACUUGUCUUUUUUUCUUAUUGUGUGUACUUCGGAGGCAAAUCAACAUGACAUUUUAUUUAAUUACCAAGGUUUGUUCUUUAUUGCCCACACUGAAUAAUGUAUUAAUAUAAAUGUGAAAACCAACAACAAAAUGGACUGUCAAAUAAUGCAAUAGUGCACUUGCCUCUUGCACAAACUGAAUAACUUCGAUGUUAUACACCAAAGACUAAUCAAGUUUUUUUUUUUUUCUAUUAAAGACAUGCUCCAGAACAUUGGCAACUAGUUAGAUUAUGCAUCCAGCCCAUAGCGGAAGGUUACAAAAAUACUAUGAGGAGAAUAACUGUCUUACCUCAAUUAGACACGAAAAUCUAUUUACUGGAAGCGGUACAGUGUCAUUUUCCUUACAAUUUGAGUUCCAGCCAAUGAGGCUCAGCCCCUCGGAGAGAGAAAUUAUGUGGUGCACAUAUGUGAUGUAUGCAAUUUUCGGGGAUAAUUUUGGGCUCGUAAGCUCUACUUUCAGAACUACUGGCUAAGAAGUAUACGGGAAAAUCUAUUUUAAAAUGUUUAUUAUAGGUUAUUCAAUAUCUACCACUACUGCUUAUUUUUAUUAUGUGAACUAGUCUGUCAGAUGUGACAGGAAAGCACUAGACAUGCAUCCUCCAUUACCACUGCUAGAGGGUCUGAUUUCCCCUCUCAUCCAGCUGGUUUUCCUCACAAGCAGGAGGAUAAAAUAUGAAGUCUCCAAAGUGGUAUUUUAACCAAGGGCUUGAGUCGUGUGGUACUGUUUAAUUGGGCACCUCUAAUUCAUAAUCAUCCGGUAUUUGCAAGAUAAAUCAUUUUCUUUUGCUUUUCCAUAUUGCUUGGCUGGGGUGUUCAAAGGUGUUUUAAUCAUGUAUACAGUUGACCUUUUUCUGAGAAUUUAUCAACAUAGCAUUUUUAAACACAAUUCCAAUCACUCCUGUGGUAUUUGAAAUGACCUGUUGUGUGCACUCUGGUUGAUUUCAAGUUUGAUUGCAAUGAAAUAUUGUCUUUUUUUUGUUGAAAUCUCUCUUAAAUGAAUGUACAUGUUUUUCUAUCAUGUUCAUGGGGAUUGGAAAAGGUAUAUGUGGGCUUAAAUGGGAUCUGUAGAAAGGGAAAAAUGUUAACUUGGUUUACAACAUGAUUGUAUUAUAUAUAUUUUUUGAUUCAAGUCUCAGAGCUCCCAGUAUCACACAAAGGUCAGUGUUUCGAUGCAAGGGUGUGGGCUAGUUUUUACGAAUCUAUGGGAGAAUGCUAACUGACAAUGGAAUGUUAGAAUUUUGUUGAAUAUUAAAAAUGUCUGGGACUUAAA